CCGUGUAAAUAUUUAUAUUUUUUGCUUAAAAAUGUCCAAUUUAUUUUUGUGGACACUUUAUGCAUAACCAUGGAUUUAUUCAUUUGGAACUAUUAUCAAUUUUUUAGAUGAAUUGUUUUUAACGAGGCUUGACUUCCCAUAUUAUAUUUGUCAAUUAACGAUAUUAACCCACUUUGCUUGGCAGAAUCAGUUAAACAAAAACUAUGGCAGAAAAAUAUCAAGCACUUCUUAUAUAUUUAGUUAUUUUAAACAAUUUCUUUAGAUGACAAUGUACACACGUUUCCAAAAUUGUCUGUAGUUUUGAAACUGAAAUCAUUCAUCAGUUUGUUCAACUAUGUCUUUAUUAGUAUUCCAAGUCUGUGCCUUUGGUACUGCAUGUUACUUCCGCGAUUUAGAUCCGGGGCUUAUCAUGAAACAUCCGGGGCUUCAGCCCAAGUAGACGGGUCUAACGCUGCCCCUGGUGCCUAGAAGGUUUUUCGCUGUUCGUGGUGCUGAAAGUUACUUCUAGUCCUACAUCAGCCAUUGAACUUUUAUCAGUAAAAUACUAGAACUAACGAAACAUCUGGAAAUGGGAGAUUUUCGUUUUUCACACGUCUUUUAUUUUAUUUUUUCAUUCAAUUGUUGUGAAAUGUGUUUUUUUUUCCAAUAGAAACUAAGCAUAAACGAUUACAAAACAAUAUGGAAUCACUUAAAUCAACAUGUAAUCACUUACUGCUCUCUAAAAUUUGAUAUAAAAGUAUCGUUUCUAAUGGGGCUGUUAAUUGUUAAGCGGCAUGUUUCUCAGAAAACUGUUAAAACCCCAGACUAUAACUGAAAACGGCAAUUACAGUAAAUUUAGACAGCAAUCAAUAAUCAUAUUAAAUGAACAUGUGAAUAAUAGAUGUUUUAUGAUCAUUUUAAAAGAGAUAGACGAUCCCUUUACUUUAAUGGACGUUUUUGAUAUGUAAUUUAUUUUAAAUUAUUGUACCACUUGAUUUUGUCCACAUGAGGACGGUGUAGACCAUUACAUAUUUUUUCACCACAUGUCGAUCCUGGCUCCUCCCAUGAAGAACAUACAUUUUCAAACAGACAAAAGGUUUGAGGAGAAGGAGAGCAGAGCAGCAAGAUCACUCAUUUCUGCUUCGCCUAUUUUAUAUUUUCACUUCAAACUUGUGAUUAUUGGAAAUAAUUUAGUCAGAUAUUUUUGGUGUAUAUGCGCAAUGAUGCAUUUUCCUGGAGGAUGGAGAUUUUUUUGGAUUUAUAUCGCCGUCGUGCUGUUGGAUUGUUUUUGGGAAACGGUCUCAGGACAAGUCUCUUAUUCCGUCUCAGAAGAGGUCAGUCGAGGGACUGUUGUGGGAAAUAUUGCAAGAGAUCUCAAUCUUCAUGUCCAGGAGCUUGAAUCUCGAAUGUUUCAGAUCAUUGCCGGAUCAAAGACAAAGUAUUUCGAGGUAAAUCUAAAGACUGGUGCGCUCUUUGUUAACGAGAGGAUAGAUCGGGAGGAGCUCUGCAGCAAAGAGGCCAAAUGUUCACUUAACGUAGAAGCUGUAAUUAAUAAUCCUCUAAAGCUUUACAGAUUUGAAAUUACAAUAUUGGAUGUUAAUGAUAACUCUCCGUCAUUUCUCAGUACGGUCCAGUCAAUUAACGUGAGCGAGAACACAGCAGCGGGGGAAAAAAUCCCCCUGAAUCCUGCGGAGGAUUUAGACGUGGGUAAAAAUGCUGUUAAUGCCUACAAGCUCAGUCAAAAUGAACAUUUCUCUCUGAUCACUCACAAAGGAGAGAUUAUAACACCGGAACUGGUUCUUCAGAGAGUUUUGGACAGAGAGAAACAGUUUGUGGUUCAACUCAUACUGACUGCUGUUGAUGGGGGAACACCAGCUAAGUCUGGCUCUAUGACCAUAUUAGUGAAUGUGCUGGACAAUAAUGACAAUUCACCUGUUUUCAGUCAGACAUUAUACAAAGCCAGGGUGUAUGAGAAUGCAAAGGUAGACACACCAAUAAUACAAAUAAAUGCUACUGAUUUAGAUGAGGGACAAAAUGGGAAAGUAUUUUAUUCAUUUAAUAAAAUAGGUCGCGGAAAACAAACUGAACUGUUUGCUAUCGAUAAAAAAACAGGGGUUGUUACAAAUAAAAUAAAUAUUGACUUUGAGGAAAAUAAUGUUUUUGAGAUUCGAGUUCAGGCCAGUGAUGGAGCUUCCUCUCCUCUCACCUCACAUGCUAAAUUACUGAUAGAAGUCUUAGACAUGAAUGACAAUGCUCCUGAGAUCUCAGUCACAUCUCUGGUAAACUCAGUGAAAGAAGAUGCAUCUGUUGGCACUGCUGUUGCUCUCGUUUCAGUAUUUGAUAAAGACAGUGGUAAAAAUGGCAUGGUCAACUGUAAAAUAACUAAUCAUGUUCCAUUUAAGCUAGAUUUGAAUUAUAAGAAUUAUUAUUCAUUAGUUGUGGACGGUCCUCUGGACAGGGAAACAUCAUCUCAGUAUAAUAUCAGCAUCACUGCUACAGAUGAGGGCAGCCCCCCUCUCUUCAGCACCAGUGUCAUUCAUGUCCAGGUCUCUGAUGUAAAUGACAACAAACCUGUUUUUACAGAAAACAUCAUAAAUAUUUGUAUUAAAGAAAAUGCUCCAACAGGAGCAGUAAUUAAAACAGUGUCAGCAGAGGAUGCAGACACUGACCAGAAUGGUCACAUUACUUAUUCAAUUUUACAUGAGAACAGAAACCUGCUGUCAUCAAUUAUAAACAUCAACUCAGAGACUGGAGACAUCAUCACCCUGCAGUCUUUUAACUACGAGGAGCUAAAAACAUUUCAUUUUAAAGUUCAGGCCACAGACUCUGGUGUUCCUCCACUCAGCAGCAACGUGACUGUUAACGUUUUAAUCCUGGAUGAAAAUGACAACAAUCCAUCAAUUCUGGCUCCUUAUUCUGAGCUGGGUUCUGUUAACAGUGAGACCAUCCCCUAUUCUGCUGAAGCAGGAUACUUUGUAGCAAAGAUCAGGGCUGUGGACGCAGAUUCUGGAUACAAUGCGCUGCUUUCUUAUCACCUGACAGAGCCCAAAGGAAACAACCUGUUCAGGAUCGGAACCAGCACCGGGGAGAUCAGGACUAAGAGGAGGAUGAGCGACAACGACCUGAAGAGUCACCCCUUGGUGGUGCUGGUUUCUGAUAACGGAGAGCCUUCUCUGUCAGCUACUGUGUCUAUUGAUGUGGUGGUGGUUGAAAGCACAGCUGACAUCCAGACUCAGUUCAGAAACGUGCCUCUAAAGGAGGACAGCUUCUCGGAUCUGAACCUGUAUCUGCUGAUCGCCAUCGUGUCGGUGUCGGUCGUCUUUCUGCUGAGUCUGAUCAGUCUAAUAGCUGUCAGAUGCCACAGGACAGACGGUGGUUUCAGCAGGUACAGCGCCCCGAUGAUCACCACCCACCCUGACGGGAGCUGGUCUUACUCUAAAGCUACUCAGCAGUAUGACGUGUGUUUCAGCUCAGACACACUGAAGAGUGACGUAGUGGUUUUCCCUGCCCCGUUCCCACCUGUAGAUGCUGAACUGAUCAGCAUUAAUGGAGGAGACACUUUUACCAGAACUCAGACCUUACCUAACAAAGACAAGGUAAGAUUAACGUUAUUUUUCAAAUGCAAUAUCUGUUAAAGUGUUGUAAUAUUGGUUUUUUAACUGGAUCACAUUUCACAUCUCUCAAUCUUUGCGUCAUUGUUUUCUUACCUUGUGGGUUUCUAGUGCUUCUAAAGACAAAUACAAUGUGUGUAUGAAUGAUAUGUCAAAAUUUGGUCACUAGCCAUUUUGAGCUAUUUUUAAAGUUUCCUUAAUGUCAUGUCAGAAAAAGAUAAAUUAGCACACAACUCCUAAGGAUUCACUGCCACUGGAAAUGGAAGGGCAACAGUUCUACUCAAAACUCCUCACCUCAUAAACCAAGAUUAGCCAAGUAGUGCUCGCUGCAGAACCACAAAGGUGGAGCUGCACCAGAAUCAGCCCUGCCCAUCCCAUCAGAGUCAGUCCAAUUCCUUCCAGUUGUCAGACUUGAUAGCAUUCUGGAACCAAAGAGGGUGUUAUAGC